AGGGUAGAUAGAUAGAUAAUAUAUAUAUUAACUACGAAGGGCACCGCACUGGAAAGAUGACAGAUUACCAAAUUCAUUGCAUUCGUUAGAGUUUUAGGCAAGGACCAAAAUGAUAACAGAAAGUCCAAUUUUGAAAGAUGUAUGGGAGCUACACAGCCGCCUUUUUGACCACAGACCAAUAUUACAAGGUCACAUAAGGGCUUUUGUGAAAGAGUUUGAGGAAAAGAGAGGUAAUAGAGAGGAAGAUAGACUAAACAAGAUCAGAAAUCAACUGUCGGAAAUGAAAGAACAGUAUUUACCUGAAACACAAACUGCCCUGGAUACAUUCCUUGCAAAUAUCCAAGCUAAAAUCAAAGUUGCAGCUGAAGUUUGUAAGAAAAUAGAAGAAAAAGAAAAUAAUGUUGAGAUUGGGUUCCUUGACCUUCAAAGACAAAGACGGAGAGAAGAGUGGGACACCUUCAUGCAGACUCAGUUUGAAAAAAGUGCCAAAGUUGAUGAAGAAAUGGAUAUUGAAAUGAAGAAAGUUGCUGCAGAAUAUGAGGAGAUGGGAAAGAAAAUAGAGCAUAUUUCUACAAUAACAACACCUUGAUUAGUUGUUACAGUGACAGAAUAUCAUGAACUAUUUAAACUAGUUACAGAAAAUCAUGAAUUACUCAAAUUACUUACAGAAAAUCAUUUAUUAUUUAAAUUAGGUACAGAAAAUCAUGAAUUUUAUCAGUGAAUUAGUCUACAAUGGGCACAUUCAAAUAGUAAAAAAAAACUAGAGAAAAUGAAAUGUACCAUGUUGAUAUUCUUGUAAAAUAUUUCUUGAAAAAAAAUGUUGAAAGAGUUUUAACAGAUUUAAAAUCUACAUUUAUAUGAUGAAUAAUAAUAUUUUGUUUUAUACCAUUUAUUAUUUGCAAUAUAGAUCUAUAGAUAUGUAAUAUUGUAUCAUAUACAUGUACGCUCACAUUUGGCAACAACAUCUAUGUAUAAUUGUUUCCUGGUUUGUUGUUAUGUAUGAUAGUAUCAACAUAAUAAUUCAUCGUAUUACACACCUUCCAUGGACCAUUCCAAUUUAAGAUAUGUAGUUCAAAAAUAUUCUGUCUUCUUUAUUUAAAUUCGAAUUUUUAUGCCAUUUACUAAUUACGUAGCAUGAUUUUAUUAAAUUCAAACUAUUUAACAGCUAGAUGCAGGUAAAUGACUAUUAAUUAUUUCUAAACAGAAAAUUCUUAAUUCCUGCAUUGCUUACAUUUCUGUUAAUAUUUAUUUAAUUAUUACAUGAUUGUUUAAUUUGUACCAAGAAAUUAUAUGUGCAAUAAUAUGAUAUGUUAUAUUUAUUGAGAAUUUAUUUUUAUCAAUAAUAAAAAUUAAUAACUUA